UGACUCGUUACUCUAUGGUUGUGGCACCUCCGAGGGCCUCUCUAGCCACUCGCGCUCUGUGGUCCGCGGCCUCCAGCUCGUCGGCUCUUAGUCGCCCGCGAGCCAGUCUGUAGGAGCCUGCGGAGGAUCUUGUCCAGAAGCGCCCCGGCAGCCCCUGGAGAACCUAACGCUGUGACAGCUCGGAGGCGGCCAUGUCGGCCAGCGGGGCUAAAGCCCGACCGGGUCCCUGAGGCAGCCUGGACUCCGCAGCUGAACUCUCAGGAAUAUCUGUGUGCCAGGUACUUCCUUGAUGACUGCUAUCUGAAUAGAGAACUUCUUAUUUUUGCAUUCACUGAAUUCUGAAAUUUUACUAAAAAUGACAUGGGGAGAUUUUUAAUGAAACUUUGAUGGUUCAACAAAGCAUGCUCUAAUGGAUGACAGAGAAACUCCUACAAAUGACCUACAGUUAGAACCACAAGAUGGAUGUCAUACUGAUGACAGCAUGGAAAGUACAAGACUGCGCUUGCCUUCUAUAUCAGAUGAAAAUGAAAAUCAACUUGAUGGCAAUGUGUGUGAAGCUGUGACUGGCAGUAACAAUGAGAUGGGAAGACAUGAAAAAUUUGAACAGGACAAUCUCAACAACAAUGAAAGUUGCAGCAACUGUGAUAACUCUAUUAUUACCCCAAGCUGUGAAGCAGCUGCAAGUGAUAAUUCUGAAAACAUCCACCCUGAAUGCCCCACAGAUGAAAAGCCCCUCCUAGGAAAGGAGAAAAAAGCUGUUGGGAAAAAGAGCUCAAGAAGCAAGAAGGGAAUGAUUACAAAGUCAACACCAGGUUUUUCUUCAGGAGACACUUCAACAGUAAUGCAAGAAAAGAUCAUUAGUAUCUCUACAUAUGCUGAUGUUGAGGAAGGUGCUACUGAAUCCAAUGUUAAUUUUCAACCAAAGGAGCCUAAACAAGUUUUACAGGACCUGUUCUCCCUCAUCCGAAGUGAAUUUGAACAAUUGGAUCCAAGAAUUCUUCCCCUUUGCCUUCAUCAGAUUGCAGAGACCUAUUUUCAAGAAGAAGAUUAUGAGAAGGCAAUGAAGUUCAUUCAGCUUGAACGAUUAUAUCAUGAACAGUUGCUUGCAAAUCUGGCUUCCAUUCAGGAGCAGUGGGAAGCAAAAUGGAAAGCAGCAGAACCACAUGCAGUUACAUCUCUGAGGAAUUCAGAAAAGGGACUGAAUGGUGAAGAAUUUGAAAGACUUGCUAAACUUUGCACAACACAUCAAGAGCCUCUUCUCUCAAAACAUAAGAUAUUAGCUACAGAAAAGUCCUUGGAGGAGAUAAGUUUUACACAAUUAACAGUAAUUGGAGAUUUGGAAGAAAGAGGAGCUACCCCCAAAAAGUCAGAGAGUGAAACUUGGACUGGCAUUGAACCAAGGAAAGAAAACCAGCAUAAAGAGGAGGAGAAGGGUGAGAGGACUCUAUCCAGUAAGCAGACUGAUAAGCAGCUGAUGGAGGCAGUCAAUUCUCCAGUCAGUGCCAGCAAAGACCACAUGGAGGAGCAGCAGUGCAGGGCUGAAUCAACACUGGAGUUACACACCCAGCCCUCAGAGACAGUGGGCAGCAGGCCUGGUUCUGAUUCUUCUGAGAAUUCGAGUAAAGAGGACAGCUGCUCACUGCUGGGUGAGACAGAAGUCUGUGAGGAUGUAGCCAAAAGAAAAGGAAUUGCUGAUAGACCUAAGGUGCUGAUUUCUGGUAGAUCAAUGGUAGAUCCCUUGAUUUUACCAAGCAGUGAACAUAUACCUCUUUCUCUGAAUCCUGAAGAUGAAAAUUUACAGGCUGAAGGAAAUGGACUCCGAUGGCAGCCCCAGGAUGCCCCUGAUGUGACUGCAAGAGAAGAACUUGAAAACAAUGCAUUAAAUCAGCAGCAACCCGAUCUUACAGACAGUAGUGGAAAAUUACCACCAGAAAAUGUGCAUUGUGAAGAUAACAGAGCAUCUGACGUGAAGGAUCCAGAACUCCAUCUAGCCCCAGAGGAAUGGAGAGAAGAGGAGGAGGAAGAGGAAGAAGAGGAGGAGGAGGAGGAAGUCAGUAAAGAAACAAAAGAUUACUUGAACAAGCUUUUAGAAGGAUGCCUAAAAGACACUGAGCCUUGUCUUCCAUAUGAAGAAAAUCAGGAGGACUCUGACACCCUUCAAGAUCUUUCACCUGACGAAGCAUCUUAUAGUCUACAGGAGCCCCUGCCUUCCGAUGAGAGCUGCCUUUCUCUUGAUGAUCUUGCAAAAAGGAUAGAGAUUGCAGAGGUUGUUCCAACAGAGGGAUUGGUGUCUAUAUUAAAGAAAAGAAACAAUAGUGAAGGAAAUCAGCUUGCCCAAAUGCAGCAAAAAUCAUCAAAGAGACGAGUGAGGUUCCAAGAAAUGGAAGACUCCUUGGAUCAGGAUGAAGUUGGUGGUGGCUCCUGUCUUUUACUGGUCUUGCUGUGCAUAGCAACUGUUUUCCUUAGCGUUGGAGGAACUGCAUUAUACUGUACCUUUGGUGAUGCGGAAUCACCUGUAUGUACUGACUUUGCGGCCAACAUGGAUUUCUAUUAUACCAAGUUACUGCAGGGAAUAACAGAACUUAAACACAGGAUAUCCUUCUCAUAGCAGCAUUCCAGCUUUGAAUACUGCUGGCAGUGAGAAGCCUAGAUAAGACAAUUCUUCUGACUUCGUCCUAUGUGCUGCCACUUUCAGUGAGAUACCACGGACAACAGAGACAUCUUCGGCAGAGACCCUGAGCACCGUAGGGUGGAAGGAUGACCAAACCUUGAUGUUUUUGAGAGCACAUCAGUAUCUUCCACAUUGCUGCAAGUAGAAAUGGACAAAGCAUUCCUAUAACCACCCUAUGUUAGCCAUCUUGAUAUGCUAAUGGUUAAAGAUCACUUUUAGUUUACAUUUGUUUGUCCAAAGAUGUUGCUUCCAGCUAUCAUGCAAUAAGUCUUGUGUGUCAUGAAAAAGAAUGACCUUCUUAUAGUUUUAAUGGCUUUUUAAUUAUACUCGGGAGCUGUGUAAUCCAGGUUUAGAAAAUCAAUGUUUUCAAAGUCCACACCUGCUAUGUGAAAUAGUCGCGUGUAUGUAUUCGUCUGUCUUUCUCUAUUCUCAGGCAGUUAUCAUGAGCAAAUACCCAACACAGAAUAAUAACAAUUGUCAUUAUUCUUUUAUCUUGAAUAUUGCUGUGCAGGCGCAGAUUUUCUUUCCAUUUUAACUAUUGUUUAAUUAUAUAACUGUGGAAGAGAUGGCCUGGAGUAGACAAUUGAAUUUCAGAAAUUUAGCUCUGGCCUGAGAGCUUUGAUAGCUUAUGCAGCUGUUGACAAGUGGAUUUCUGGCUAAUCCGAUUAGAUCCGAGAGCCCCUGCUGCUCCUCAGGCCUCCAUUUAUGACCCAUGAUUAGAACAUGUUUCUAACAUGGUUUCCAUACUUCUUUUUUUUGUUUGUUUUUGGUUUUGUUUUGUUUUUUUAGUGAGGCAAUUGGGGUUAAGUGACUUGCCCAGGGUCACACAGCUAGUAAGUGUUAAGUGUCUGAGGCCGGAUUUGAACUCAGGAACUCCUGACUCCAGGGCCGGUGCUCUAUCCACUGUGCCACCUAGCUGCCCCAGUUUCCAUACUUCUUAAUGCCAUGAAUGAAUGCUGUGAGUUCCAGUUGAGGCCUCUCACAGGAAAAGCAAACUUUUUUUGGCAAGUGAGAUUACAUCAUUGAGAUAAAUGAUUCAGUAUUUAAAAAUCAUGGUUUUUUUUACAUUUGAAUGUGCAUUCAUAUAAUGAAUUUGAAUAUGCAUAAUAGACAUUUAAGGGUCACUUUGUCAGCAAAGGUUCAGUCACUUCUGAAACUGGUGAACUUCAGUUCUCCCUUCCCCCCCAAAGGUAAUAAUAAUAAUAAUUAUAAUAUGGAAUUAUCCCCCUCUGAGGCUCAAUUGUCUAACAGGAAGCCUUACUUUGCCUUUUCAUACCAUAGGCAGCAAUUACACAUUACUAUUUAAUGCAAAACAUUGCUUUCAGAAUAAAACUUAAGAAUUAUAAUUUUCCAGAAAGUAAUUUUUGUUUUACAUUUUUUCAUGUCAGAAUCAUCUAAAAGAGGAAGGGAGAAAUCAAUUUUAUAUUUCUAUGUGUUACUGGCUGGUUCAGUACCUCCCUUUGUGUUUUUCUGCUUAUUUAUUUAGAUUAGAUUCAUUUUUAAGGGAUUUUUUUUUUGUAAAUUGAAGUGUUGCUGAGCAUGCAUUCGGUUAUUUUAAAGCUAUAUGUACAAUUACUGUAUCAUUAAGUGUGUGUUUUAAUUUUCUGCAACUUAAGUUCAGAGUGUUUUUAAACUUGUUUGUUUUUAAAUUGAUGAUUUGUUUUCACCUAAAAAUACUGUUUGACUUAUGUGCAUCCUGUCACCAUGUAAUACCUUCAAGACUUAUAGGUCAGAGAUAUUUAUUUAGAAGUAUAUAAGAUAUUGAGAUCAUGAAUCCUUAUACUUAAGACUGAUUUUAUUAGAAGAAGAUAUUUUAAUGUUCUAUUAUAAAUUUUAAGAGAUUAAAAAGCUGAGGUGAUUUUUGUAAAGGAGCUCAGUUGCACUGUGUAUCAAAUUUAUACUCAAAUCCUAUAUAAAAUGUUGGUAGUACUGAUUCUUAUGUGGUUCUGUCAGUAAAGCCCGCUCACAAGAGCUCCGGUUAGUGGCUCUUAGCCAUCGCCAGAUGUCUUCUGUUUGCCCUCAGUUUCUAGUUAAGAGGCCUUCUUUACCCUGCAGUCUGGCAGAGCCACAUUGAGACACAUGUAAGGUUUUCCUCCCUCUUUCAGAGUCACACAGCUGAAGCCCUUUUCCUUCCAAGUCAUUUACUGUUGGAGUCUCUAGGAAAUCAGUGACAACUGUAUUUGCCUUUAGAGCAAAAGGCCUCUUCCUUGUACCAUAGUUCCUGGUGAUUUGCUGGGCAGUUUGCUCAAAGAAUGGAGGAGAAAGGAAAUAAGAUGCAUUGGUAAAAUUGAACAACUGGUGCUUAGAGAGAAUAUAUAUCCUCAUAACUGCCCUGAGUGGGGAAAAGUGAGGUCAGUACAAUGUGGACAGAUCACAUAGAUGCCUUGACAGAAGAACAGGCCUAAAAUCUCAACAGAAUAAAUUAGGGCAAUUAAAAAAAAAAGUUUAAUAGCCAUUUAUUGCAUGACUUGGAGUGAUUCCACUUAGUGAUGAAAGGGCUGUUUAACUCACAUGAAAAAUUUCACCUAAUUUUUCAACAGUGUAAACUUUCCUGUCAUUUGAAGGUACUGACUGAUAAUUUGUAACAAAUCUAAUAUUCUUGGAGAACUGUAUUGGAAAGCAUCAGAUCUAGCUUGUGAUUUAAAGUCUUCUACAAACA